UAAGUGCUGCACUAAGGCUAGAUGUCGAGCACAUGGCUCCCAGAGCCAUGGGGAAAGGAUAGCGGCACUGAAGGGUUGAUCAUCCACAGGGCAACAGGGGAAGCAGUUCCCAGCAGCAGCCUGCUCCUGAAGCUCUUGUCCAGAAAUUCCCAGUUCCUUUUUCCCUCCACGGGGUUGUUUCUCAGGGGGUGCAAUGCAUUCACAGCAAUAGCUGAUUGAUAGCAUAUUCCAGGCUGCAGAGAGAGUCCUGCAGAGCCAGCCCCUUCCCAGAGCCCAGAAACACACCCAGCCCUAGGUCUGAGCCUUGCCUGCACUUCCUGCAGCAAGAGGCCCUGGCUCUGCCAACCACUGCCACAGCUCCCUGUGCUCCAAGCAGGCUGGCUCUCCUCCCCUGGCACCACUGCCAGCCUGUUUUUCACAGAGGACUGCUGGUCCUUGGCAGGAGGGGACCAGGAGGAGCCUCUAUAAUGAGCUGGGGCUGAGACUGAGCCAGAAAGCUGUAGAACACACUUUAUCAGGGACCACAGCCAGGCAGGGAGUGAGGGCUCUAGACUGAGCUCAAAUCAUCAGCUUCAGCAGUGCUCCUGGCAUGUGGGAAAGAGGGAUUGGUGAGGUGAGGCUCUUUGAGGUCAUUGAGGUCUAUUAGUGCACUCAGGCCCUGGAAAGCAGUGUUCUCCUGGGUGGAGUGUGCAGGAGCAGCCUGAUGGCUGCUGGUACAAGCACCCAGUCACUGUCAGUUGUACAGGGGCUGAAAUGGAAGUGCUUGACAUGACAGGAUUCCCCUGAAGCUGAGCCCUGACCCACUGACAGGGUGAAGAUUCCUGGGUUGGUGCUGCAGUGACCAAAAAAUAAUCCCCUGGGUUGCACUGUAUGCCUGGCAGCCAGCUGGGCCAGUUCAGCAUUUGCACAGCAGCACCAGGACACUCUGGCCAGCCCUCCUGCCCCAAGGCAGACACCAGCCCUGUGGUGGCUGUGGGAGCACAGGCAGGUGGCACACUCUGGGUGGGCAGUGUUUGGGGUGGGCAGGGCUUGUUGUGCUGUGCCAAAACAUCUUUGCUCUACCUUUUCCAGAACAGUAUGCUUUCUGUCUGCACUUAGAGUCUGUUCUUGGAGCUGUCAGACUCCUCCUCUCUACAUCAUGGAGGGUACAGCAGCAACCCGUGCAUCUGUGGCUCCUACACACGUGUGGCAAAAGGUUGCUCUUGACUCACUUGCAUAACACUCCAUGAGGUCCUGGUAGCCCCCACCAUCACCACUGCACUGCCCUGCUGGGUCACAGGCUGCCUGGCCACCCUCUCACCUCUUCUGUGCUUCUCUGCAGCUCCACCAGAGUGACCUUUGCUCUCCUUCUGUGCUUGUCACUUGUCACUACCUCCAAGCAUGGGUGCAACCCACUGAUAGGACAGAGGAGCUUUCUGCUCCACCUGUCCCACGGCAUUUCUGCCCACUGUGGAAGCCCAGAGCAGGGACUGUACAGCAGACACUGCUGCACACACUACAUCCUGGGUGCUUGCCAGGCAUGGGGAACUGUGAAUUUCCACAGGUAUCAACCAACCAAACACCAACCUGGACCAAAAUAUCAUGGCAUGACCCUGGUGCCUGCCAGCAGAGUUUGUCUGUACUAUGACACCAGCUACAGAGGGGUAAAGUCCAGGGCUAAGCAGCAGGUAGGGAGAAGGGCAAAUUCAGAGUCAACCUGCACAGAGGUUUCAUAGCACAGCAGAGCAGUGCAGAGCUCAGAGAGGUCCCUUGUACCUGCUGCCCCUUGGGCAGUCUGUGCAGAGCUUGCAAAAGAGCCAGAAGCCAGCUGACAGCGGAGCAGGAGGAGUAGCACUGCCAGUGCUGCCACCUCUCCGUUCCUCUGCUGAUCCCUUGCUUGCAGGGUGCAAGUCUUGCAAGCCUCGCCAUCCGAAGCUGUUCUCAGGCAGAGAGAGCCGGUGGUGGAGCGCAGCAUGGCAAAGAAGGUGGCCAUCAUCGGCGGGGGCAGCAGCGGGCUGUGCGCCAUCAAAGCCUGCCUGCAAGAGGGGCUGGAGCCCGUCUGCUUCGAGAGGACCGGCGACAUCGGAGGCCUCUGGAGGUUUGAGGAGCGCCCCGAGGACGGCCGUGCCAGCAUCUACCGCUCCGUCAUCAUCAACACCUCCAAGGAGAUGAUGUGCUUCAGCGACUUCCCCAUCCCUGACGACUUCCCCAACUACAUGCACAACUCCAAGAUCAUGGAAUACUUCCGCAUGUACGCCCAGCACUUCGACCUGCUCCGCCACAUCCGCUUCAGGACCAGCGUGUGCCGCGUGUCCAAGCGUCCCGACUUCGCCAGCAGCGGCCAGUGGGAGGUGGUGACGGAGAGCCAGGGGAAGCAGGAGGCAGCCGUCUUUGACGCCGUGCUGGUGUGCAGUGGGCACCACACCGACGCACAUCUCCCGCUCAGUUCCUUCCCAGGGCUGGAAAAGUUUGAGGGCUGCCAUCUGCACAGCCGGGACUACAAGAGCCCUCAGCCCUUCAUGGAAAAACAGGUGGUCGUGGUUGGCGUUGGGAAUUCAGGCAUCGAUAUUGCAGUGGAGCUGAGCCACACAGCCAAGCAGGUUUUCCUCAGCACCAGGCACGGGUCCUGGGUGCUGCACCGGGUAGCAGAGAGCGGGUACCCCUUUGAUUUCUGCUACAUCAGCCGCUUCACACAGCUCCUCCAGAACCUGCUGCCCCUGAGUAUCAUCAGUUUCUUCCUGGAGCGGAAGCUGAACGCCCGCUUUGACCACACUCUCUAUGGCCUAAAGCCCAAGCACCGGGUCCUUCACCAGCACCUGACCAUCAACGAUGACCUGCCCAACCGCAUCAUUUCGGGCCGGGUGCGGGUGAAGCCGAACAUCCAGGAGUUCACGGAGACAUCUGCCAUCUUUGAGGAUGGCACCAGGGAAGACAUCGAUGCCGUAGUUUUUGCCACGGGAUACAGCUUCUCCUUCCCAUUCCUCAAGGACUUCAAGGUGGUGGAGAACCAGAUUCCCCUCUACAAAUUCAUGUUCCCCCCUGACCUGGAGAAGCCGACGCUGGCUUUCAUUGGCUUCGUCCAGCCCCUGGGUGCCAUCAUGCCCAUCUCCGAGCUCCAGUGUCGCUGGGCCACCCGUGUCUUCAAAGGGCUGAGCGAGCUGCCCCCGCAGCACGACAUGGAGGCUGACAUUGAGCAGAAGAAAGAAGCGAUGGCAAAGCGGUACGUGAAGAGCCAGCGCCACACCAUCCAGGUGGAUUACGUCCCUUACAUGGAUGAGCUCGCCUGCCAGCUGGGAGUCAAGCCCAACCUGCUCACCCUGUUCCUCACAGACCCCAAGCUGGCGAUGGAGGUGGCCUUCGGGCCCUGCACGCCGUACCAGUACCGGCUGCGGGGCCCGGGCGCGUGGCCGGGGGCCAGGGGGGCCAUCCUCACCCAGCAGCAGCGCGUGGUCAGGGCCCUGCAGCCCCGGGCCAGCGGCCACCCUGCCUGCUCCAGCGCCGUGCCCCACGUCCUCACGGUGCUCUUCAGCAUCGGCAUGAUCGCAGCCACCCUCAUCUACGUCUCGCUCUCUCCUUAAGGGCAGGAGACAGCCCAUCCUGCUGGGAUUGUUAUAAAUAACUGUGUUGGGUUUUAUUGUUAUGUAUUGGCUUUUGCAAGUUGUUAUUGAUCGUAAUGAUUUUGGUAUAGUAUAGCUUGUAAUUAACUGCUUUAAUAUGGUGUAAUUGGUUAGUUUUAGUGGCCAAUGCCCUGGCCACGUGUAGAUAAAUGUAUAUUAUAGUUUAGGCUUUCGCAAAAUAGUAAAAUAGAGACUACGUGUUGUGCAUUGUAAUGUUAACUUUUGAAGAAGUAGCUAAUGUCUUUAUUUGUGUAAUUGACAAUGGUGAGAAUAACUCAACGUUGUGAACUAGCUAAGGUUGAUUUAAUGUACUUAUAGAGUAUCUUAUCUGUAUGAUAACAUUGAAAAAAACUCAGGUAAAUAAACAUCAAAAGAAGGAAUGCAAGGAGGAAUUUACUAACUCUUCGGUUACCAGGAACUGUCAAACCACAGAAUUUCUUGUGAGGAAAUAGAAUACGUGGAUUUCAUCUGCAAUAUGUUGGCAUGAAACUUUAACAAGACAGGUGAAAGGUCAAACCAAGCAAAAGAAUUCCCGGAACUUGUAAACUCAUGAAUAUGUAUAAUCUUCAUAAAUGUCCAUGUGACCAUUGCAAUGAUAAAGUAGGUAAGAAAACUGUUUCAAAACUAGCGUGCCUCUGGCAGUUUGCCAAGCACCCAACACUGUUCACCGUCCCUUUUAUCCCUUAUUAAACUUUUAAAACUUUUAAGAAGUAAAACUCAUCUCUCACA